CCUAUUUCCCUCCCCCUCCUUCAACCUACCGAGCUCCCUCGGGGCGCUGGCGCAGUGGCAGCCUCCCAUCUUUCUCCCAGCCAGAGCCAGAGCCAGAGCUUGAGCAGCAGAAGCAGGAGCAGCUGAUGAUGAGGAGAGAGGGGGAGGCUGGGGGACCUUUUAUUUAUAUUGUUAAAGGGACAGAGCGCUAAUUCCGCCCGGGAUUGGUUUGUGGGGGGGUCGGAGCGAGGAGCCUGAGUUUCUCCCCCCACCCCCAGCCCAGCCAGAGGAUCCCAGAGAGACCCUGGGAGAGAAGGAGAGUUUCUUCCCCCCCUUUGGCCGUCAGGGGAGAGAGAAAGAGACCAAAAGCCUCUUAGCAGCGCAGCCCCUUCUUCUGCCUCUGCUGCUGCUGCUGCUCGGCCCUGGCUGGAGACCCCUCAGCACACGCACACGGAGGAGCAGCAGCCAGUUCACCAGCCCCCCCUCCCCUCCUCCCCCUUUAUUACCCUUUGUGUGUGUCUCCUUCUGCGCUGCUCCAGGCCGGGGAAUAAAAGUGGGGUGCAGCCAAGUGAAGGAAAAGCAUGAAGUCAUAGAGGACUUGAACACUGCUUUGUUAACACUUAAAAUGCUUUUGAGACAACAUUGAAUUUUGAAUGUACAACAGAAGAUGACUUCUCACUUCCCCCCACACCCUAGAAGAUGUGAAAAUGGAAGUAGAAUUAUUGAUACCUUGGUACCCUAGGUCAUGUGGCAAAACUGUGCCAUGUCCAUAUUUGCUAUGAUGCUAUUCAUGAUUGUGCUCUGCCCUUGAAAGUUGUUCUGCAUUCUUCCUUGCUCUCCUUAAAGAUUCUCAUUGAGAAUGUCGAUUAUUGGAUGUAUAAGAGAUGGAGAGCAUAUUGUUUACAGUGAAGAUCUUUUAAAAUCUGCUUUUUAGACAGCAACGCAUCUUACAAAUAAGAAUUCCUGCACAUCUUCCAGCAAUAUUUGAGCAGAAUGGGGGAAGCCAUCCAGUCUAGUCCAGAUGCAAUGAACUGUAGAAAGGAAGAAGAGGUGUCACCGUGAUAAAAUAGACAAGAAAGAAAACAAGGAGGCCUUUCUCAGCAUUAUAACACUAAUUCUUUCUAAGGGUCCAGUAAACCACCAAAGGUUGGUGGAUUUUUUCCACCAGCUUGCCUAAAUUGAGCUUGGAAUGAACAGGAUGAAUUUACCCACGUUAAGUCUAAACCUUAGCAAGGAAAAAGAUUGUUUUAUUGGAGUUGUGGAGUCAUGAAAGAAUCACAAGAAGAAACAUUGGAUAAUGAAUGGAAGAUAAAGAGAAAGCAAAAAGAAUGUGGCAUCUAAAGGGUAUAAUAUCUGGAGAUAUUGGCUCUGACUCAUAUAUGUAAAAAUGAGACUAGCUUUCAUAAAAUACAAGUUGUCUUAGAUGGUCAUCAAGCUUGGAGUCAUGCUGUUGAACUAGAAAUUCAUUCCCUCCCUUUCUGACAGGUAACAGAGGACUGGUGAAUUAUGAUUUUCCAAAGUUGGAAGCACUCAUUUUUACCCAUGUAGUUAAUCCUUAUGAAUACAUAAGGUAAACAUUGCAUAUUUAAUGUGGAUUAUAAUGGGAUACUGACUCAUUAACAAAAAAUGGCAGAUUUUAAGGACUUGGUUUCAAAUUGAACCGGAGCCUCCAAUGCACUUUGUACAAUCUGGGGAAAGCUGUACUGAAUGGCCUUCUCUUGAAGGCCAUGAUGACAUGUAAUAAAAAGAUAUCAUCUUACUGUUGAUAUCUUUGAAGAGUCAUAAGCAGAAGCAGAAAAAUGAAUGGAGGAAAGGAGUGUGAUGGAGGGGACAAGGAUGGAGGGCCACCAGCAGUACAAGUUCCAGUUGGUUGGCAACGUCGGAUAGACCAGAAUGGAGUGCUCUAUAUCAGUCCCAGUGGAUCUUUAUUAUCCUGCUUGGAGCAGGUGAAGACCUACCUGUUGACUGAUGGAACAUGCAAGUGUGGCUUAGAAUGUCCUCUUAUCCUCCCCAAGGUAUUUAAUUUUGAUCCUGGAGCUGCUGUGAAACAGAGAACUGCUGAAGAUGUAAAAGCAGAUGAAGAUGUCACCAAGCUAUGCAUUCAUAAACGAAAAAUUAUUGCUGUGGCUACACUCCAUAAAAGCAUGGAAACGCCUCAUCCUUCACUCGUUCUGACUAGUCCUGGAGGGGGAACAAGUGCAACGCCAGUAGUUCCUACUCGAGCAGCAACUCCAAGAUCAAUGAGGAAUAAAUCACAUGAAGGAAUUACAAAUUCUGUGAUGCCAGAAUGUAAGACUCCUUUCAAGUUAAUGAUAGGGGCAUCAAAUGCCAUGGGUAGGAUUUAUGUACAAGAAAUGGCUGGAAGCCAGCAACAAGAACUUCAUUCUGUCUAUCCCAGGCAGAGAUUGGGCAGUAAUGAACUUGGGCAGAAGUCUCCGUAUCGUGGCAGUCAUGGUGGAAUGCCUAGUCCAGCUUCAUCAGGAUCACAGAUAUAUGGAGAUGGCUCAAUCUCUCCUAGGACUGACCCACUUGGAAGCCCUGAUGUUUUCGCACGAAAUAAUCCCAAUUUUCAUGGAGCACCCAACUCUAGUCCUAUACACAUGACCAGGACUCCUUUAUCUCCACCUUCAGUAAUGCUACAUGGUUCUCCAGUACAGUCAUCCUGUGCAAUGGCUGGAAGGACUAAUAUACCUCUUUCCCCAACCUUGACCACAAAAAGCCCAGUAAUGAAAAAGCCCAUGUGUAAUUUUUCAGCUAAUAUGGAAAUACCACGAGCAAUGUUUCACCAUAAACCACCCCAAGGCCCACCUCCUCCACCUUCUUGUGCUCUUCAGAAAAAGCCAUUAACAUCAGAAAAGGAUCCGCUUGGCAUACUUGACCCUAUUCCUAGCAAACCAGUGAAUCAGAAUCCUGUUAUCAUUAACCCAACUACUUUCCAUUCAAAUGUCCACUCUCAGGUACCUGUGAUGAAUGUAAGCAUGCCUCCUGCCGUUGUCCCUUUGCCAAGUAAUCUCCCUUUGCCAACAGUAAAACCUGGUCACAUGAACCAUGGAAGUCACGUACAAAGAAUUCAGCAUUCGGCUUCAACCUCACUGUCUCCUUCACCAGUGACAUCCCCUGUUCAUAUGAUAGCAUCUGGGAUUGGAAGGAUUGAGGCUUCUCCCCAAAGAUCACGCUCAUCUUCCACGUCAUCAGAUCAUGGAAAUUUCAUGUUGCCUCCAGUAGGACCACAGUCAUCCUGUAGUGGUAUUAAAGUUCCUCCCAGAUCACCAAGAUCAACAAUAGGGUCACCAAGACCAUCUAUGCCAUCAAGCCCUUCUACCAAGCCUGAUGGACUUCAUCAAUACAAGGACAUCCCUAACCCAUUAAUUGCUGGAAUGAGUAAUGUAUUAAAUCCUCCAAGCAAUGCAGUUUUUUCUACUGCAUCAGCUGGAAGUGGUCCCUUAAAGAGUCAGCCUGGUUUGCUGGGAAUGCCUUUAAAUCAGAUCUUGAACCAGCACAAUGCUGCCUCUUUUCCAGCAAGCAGUUUACUCUCAGCAGCAGCCAAAGCACAGCUAGCAAAUCAAAAUAAACUUGCUGGUAACAACAAUAACAGCAGUAGCAAUUCUGGAGCUGUUGCCGGUGGUGGCAACAAUGAAGGACAUAGCACUUUAAAUACCAUGUUUCCUCCUACUGCCAAUGUUCUUCUACCAACAAGUGAAGGACAAAGUGGUCGAGCAGCACUAAGAGAUAAACUGAUGUCUCAGCAAAAAGACCCUUUAAGAAAAAGAAAACAGCCAACUACAACAGUGCUGAGUUUGCUUAGGCAGUCUCAGUUGGAUAGUUCUGGAGUUCCUAAGUCUGGAUCUGAUUUGAUAAGAAAGCAAAGUCAAGGUUCAUUUCCCAUCAGUUCAAUGUCCCAGUUACUUCAGUCCAUGAGUUGUCAAAGCUCUCACAUGAGCAGCAAUACUACCACUGGUUGUGGGAGCUCAAAUACUGUUUUGCCUUGCUCUUCUAACCAGAUGCAUUUUACAGACACCAAUAUGAACUCUGGCACUCUUCAGAAUUCAUUGACACACAGUUUAUCUUUAAGAGGAGAAGGUAUGCACUGCCAGAAUGCAAACACUAAUUUUGUUCAUGGUACUAGCCCAGGUCCAAACAACCAUCUUGCAGGCUUAAUAAAUCAGAUGCAGGCUAGUGGGAACUGUGGGGUGCUCAGUCAGUCAGGAAUGGCUUUAGGAAAUUCAUUACAUCCAACACCUCAGUCAAGAAUCCAAGCAUCCUCCAUGCCAGUGAUACCAAACAGCAUUGUUAGCAGCUGUAAUCAAACAAGUCCUGAAACAGGUAUGUUUCCCUUUAAAAGGGUACUUGUAUGUUUGACAGUUUUCAACUGUUAUGAAUUGUUUUUACAUGUGUAUUGUUUUAUCUCCUUUGAUUUCAGCUUAGCAUAAAA